AUGGGGAUGAAAAAGAAUGGGCUAGUGAGGAAACUACAAAAGAGUCUUCAACUAGGGAAGAAAUUUUCCACGGACGAUCUGCCCGAAAGGGACGUGCCGGAGGACGUGAAGCAAGGGCAUUUCGCGGUCAUUGCGACGGACGAAGAUGAGCUCAAGAGAUUUGUAGUUCCAUUGAGUUGCUUAACGCACACUUUAUUCUUGAGGCUAUUGGAACAAGCUGCUGAGGAAUAUGGUUUUGAUCAUGAAGGUGCACUUACACUACCAUGUAGCCCAUGUGAGAUGGAGAGAAUUUUGGCCCUGAUAUAUACGACUGCUUAG